AUGGCGGCGGCUGCUGGCAGCCCGGGGCGGCUUAUGAAUGUAAUAUCUGCUUGGAGACGGCCCGGGAGCCGGUGGUCAGUGUGUGCGGCCAUCUGUACUGCUGGCCCGUGUCUUCAUCAGUGGUUUGAAACGCGACCAGAGCGACAGGAGUGCCCUGUGUGUAAAGCAGGCAUCAGUCGAGAGAAUGUCAUACCAAUAUAUGGCAGAGGAGACACCAACCAGCAAGACCCCAGGUUGAGGACUCCCCCAAGACCUCAAGGACAGAGACCGGAACCAGAGAACAGAGGGGGUGUUCCAGGGUUCACAGACACCGGCUUCCACAUGUCUUUUGGCAUCGGAGCAUUCCCUUUUGGCUUUUUUACUACAGUCUUUAACACUAAUGACUUCCAGUCAGCACCACGUGUAGAUACUGGCCUCCCCCAGGGCAGGAUGUUUGGGUUACCCGACUCUCUCUUCCUCAUCAUUGCUGCCUUCUUCUUUCUCUGGUUAAUCAGCGUGUGA